GAGGUCUUUACUCUUUAAGCUUGGUCACAGCACUCUACUUACAUAUCAUAAUGUGAUACUUAUUAUGCUGUAUAAUGGUGUUUGGAUUCAAAGGAGAGAUACCAUUUCGGUUUGUGAUAUUUCUAAUAUAUUCAAGCUUGACUUUGUAUAAUCAUUUUGUCAUCGCAGAAUAUUUCCAAAUCCAUAAUGUGAGACUGCCUGAACUACUCGACUGCCCUCAAAAAUACAUGAAAGUAGCAAGGAUAGUUUUUGGCUGAGAUUUGAUUUACCUGAACCUCAGACAAGCCAUAAAGUUGAAGUGGUAUAUCAGAAAAAUUGAAGACAAAAUAUCUGUCUAUAUGCUAAUCGUCAGAGUUAUCACCACUCUCUUCAAUUUUUACUAUUUGUUCAACACUAAAGGAGUCCUGGAUGUGGUCAUUGCGUCGUUGUUCAUCUAUGUCUAUUUCAUCGUCAGCUUCAUAAAAGUAUUCAAAUGUUUAAAGCCAAUUUUGGGAAUAUCAUGGACUGUGCUCCUGCUUCCAGUGACUCUUCCAUUUAUCUUGAUAUGUGGCUCUCUAUUAAAAUGAACUGAGAGAAAUGAUGAUGAAAAUCAGCCCCAAGGAUCUGAUCUUCAUCUCCGCGAAAGCAAUGAUUCAAUAGACCAAGGAAAUUUUGCAGAAGAAAUGAAAGAAAAUGAUUAUAUUGCGCAACUUAGAAGAUCUCUGAACUUGGUACCCCCUGAGAGAGCUCUUUCUGUCAUAGACGAAGAAGAAGAUUUCAAGAAUGUAUUCAAUGAGGAUCCUAUUCCUCGACCUCCAGUAAACGAAUCUGAGCAAGAUAGACUGAGAAGAGUGCUAGAAGCUCCAGUACCAAGACCCCAAGGAAUUUUACCACCUAUAGAUUUAAGAGUUCUUCGAAACAAUCCGUUUCCUGUGCAAGCAGAUCCUCCUGAUGAUCCACGAGGGUUUCAGUUGAGCUUGAGGAACCUUGCGUUUGCCUUCAUGGAUGCUGCAAAUGAGCAAAAGAGAUUUUUAAGACUCGGAACAAUGCUAUCUGUAGAAAUGAUGAUGAAGAACUGGAGAAGGCCUUACGUGCAAGAAGAUCGCCUGACUUCUCCAAAUUGCUGAGUUUGCCUCGAAGAGUUCCAAACCAGAGAGCUGAUCAUGGAGUUACACUGCACUCCAGGACGACAUGGGCACAUUUUUCACCUUGAAUGCAUUGAGAAUUGGUCCAAGAAAGAAAAAACUUGUCCACUGUGAAGGAAAUAACUUUAUUGAUAUUGUAAGACAAGAAUAUCGUGAUGGUAAACUCCUUCGUAAAAGCGAAGAAUUUAAAAAAGUUGAGAAAUUGCAGGAUUCAUUGAACAUUAGUGAGCAUACAAUUGAAGAAGAGAUAUUUCCAAGACAAGGCUUAUUGCCACUAGAUUUUGACGAAUUCAGCUCUGAUAGUGGCCAAACAUCAAUAGUUAGAUCAAGAGAGAACUCCAUAUUCCGCCCAGCAAGAGAAAAUAUAUAGAAACUAAAAAUAAUAAUUCUAUGUGA